GAGACAACCUCACGCUGCUCCUCUGUGUGUGUCUUCUGCCUGACACACACUCUACUACACACACACACACACACACACACACACACACACACUACUACACACACAUACACUACUACACACACACACACUCUACUACACACACAGACUUGUCCCUCUCUCCCUCUCUCACACUCGCAGCUUCUUUGAGUGUGUCUGCUCUGACACACACACACAUACACUACUACACAAACACUCACACACUCACAGCCUCUGAGGAUGGAUGUGAACCUGACGCUCGCCGGACUGCACGCUCAGCGCUCUCUCUUUGGAAACACCUCACUGUUUGUGAACAGUAGCACAGGUUUGGAGGAUGAGGAGGAUCUGGAGGUGAACACAGACGUGUACUCUCGUGUGGUGGUGACCCUGAUCUACGUCUUUCUGUUUGCCGUGGGUUCUGUGGGGAACGCCAUCACGCUGUUUACGCUGUUGAGUAGGAAGAGUCUGCAGAACCUGCAGAGCACAGUACACUAUCACCUGGCCAGCCUGGCCGUGUCCGACCUGCUCAUUCUGGUUCUGUCCAUGCCCAUCGAGCUCUACAACUUUAUCUGGUUCCACCACCCCUGGAUGUUUGGGGACGCCGUCUGUCGCGGAUACUACUUCCUAAGGGACAGCUGCUCGUACGCCACAGCGCUGAACAUUGCCAGUCUGAGCGUGGAGCGCUACAUGGCCAUCUGCCAUCCAUUCAAAGCCAAGAGCAUCAUGUCACGCAGCCGCACAAAGAAGCUCAUCAGCGGCAUGUGGCUCGCAUCAUUCGCACUGGCCACGCCCAUGCUCUUCAUCAUGGGUCAGGUGACACGCAACAGUGAGAAGAUCUGCACCGCCACCGUGAACCAGAGCACCGUGAAGGCCGUGCUGCAGGUCAACGCCUUCCUGUCCUUCCUGAUCCCUAUGGUAGCCAUUUCUGCUCUGAACGGAGUGAUAGCCAAUCAGCUGCUGUGGAUGUUUCGAGAGGCGGAGCAAGAGAACCGCGUGUGCAUUGUUGCAGGAAAUCCAACUGUCCUGAAUGUUACCGUGGAGCCAAACCGAGCUCAGUCGCUUCGUCACGGAGUCCUUGUCCUGCGCGCCGUGGUCAUCGCCUUCGUUGUCUGCUGGCUGCCAUAUCACACCCGCCGACUCAUGUUUUGUUACAUCUCUGAUUGGUCAGACCAGCUAUACGACUUCUAUCACUACUUCUACAUGGUGACAAACGUCCUGUUCUACGUCAGCUCAGCCAUCAAUCCCAUCCUCUACAACCUGGUGUCAGCAAACUACCGACAGAUCUUCUUCAGCACGCUGCGACACGUCUGUCUGCCCUGCCGCCACUCAACAAGAAGCCACGCCCACCCGCUGACCCGCCACUCAAUCAGUAUCUCCAGCAACCACACACUAUCCACCAACAUCGUCAAGGAAACAGCAUACUGACACAUAGCGUUUAUUAAGCCUCCUGCUGUGUGUUCAGGUGGACUGACCUAAGACACACUGAGACUUCACUCACACACACACACACACACACACACACACACACACACACACACACACACACACACACACACACACACACUCAGACACAGAAACAAAUACACACAGACACACACAGACACAAAUACACACAGACACACACAAACAAAUUCACACACACACUGCAUUAAACGCGUUGUUUUGUGUCGUGUCUUUAAAAUAAAUUAAAGCUGAAAUGUGUGAAAUGUUGUUAAUAUCAAUGUUUAGAAGCAUGAAGGCAGCUGAUGUUUGAUUGGUCGCCUUUUAAAGAAACAGCAAAGAGCUCACGUUUGAUGUCUUCAGGUGUGUAAACGUUUGUACAGGUGUAUUCAGGUGUGUUCAGGUGUGUACAGGUGUGUUCAGGUAAUAUUUGGAUGUGUUUAUUUGGAUGUUGUCACAGGUUUAUGUAGGUUUAUGCAGGUUUAUGUUGUAAAGUUGCUUAUAUACAAAAAUAUUGUGGAAAAGAAUCAGCACUACGUCACAAUUUUGUUCAGUAGAAAGAACAAGUUGAUUCUCUGAAAGUGAUAAAACACCUGUACAGGUAUAAACUGAGGCAUCAACACAACACAACACAGCCACACACACACACACACACACACACACACACACAAACAAAAAAACACACACUUCAGUCUCUUGUCAAAGGUAACCUCCACAGGUGCUCUGAAGUAUCUGAGAUCGAGUUGCAAAUUUCUAGUAGGAGACGACACGCUCCACCUGUUACAAUACCUGUGUGAAUACCUGUCAAUGAAUCAAUUAAUUAAUCUUUAUUUGUACAGCACCAUUUCACAACAAUUUUUCUCUAGAGACAUACAAAGAGCAGGUAAAGGACUUUACUCAGUGUUAUAUUUCAAAGAUCCAACAUUAAUCCAUCCUGUGUGCCCACCUGUACUGUAUUAAUACCUGUGUGCCUACCUGUGUGAUUAUCUGUGUGAUUAUCUGUUUGACUACCUGUGUGACUAUCUGUGUGACUAUCUGUGUGACUACCUGUGUGACUACCUGUGUGACUACCUGUGUGACUAUCUGUGUGACUACCUGUGUGACUACCUGUGUGACUAUCUGUGUGACUAUCUGUGUGACUACCUGUGUGACUAUAUGUGUGACUAUCUGUGUGACUACCUGUGUGACUACCUGUGUGACUACCCGUGAAUUACAACCUUCCCUGUAUGACAGGAAGUAGUUAAUAAGUGAGCGGGGCUAUAACUCAUAUUGACUUCUUUCAGCUGGUCCCAGUUGUCUUCUCAGAGUUUUAGGAGCUUUGAUUGGUUCCUUUAUUCACUUGAGGUAUUAUUCUUUUUAUUUUUAAGUCUGUAACAAUUUUAAGCAUCUUUAACUUUAAUCUUCUUGACACCUGAAUCUGAUCCUGAAUCAGGUGUUCUGAAACAAAAAUGUAAUUAGUUAUUCAUACAAAAUAUAGGAAUGUUAAGAUUUGAUGGUGCUUUUUUGUAUUUACAAAAAUUAAUGUCGUAAACAUCACUUUUUAAAGAUU